ACAGUCCAAUAGGGAAGAGGGUAACGAUGUUCAACAACAGCAGCGAUUUAAGUGAUUCUUUACCACAAGUGACUGGUUAUCGUCUCGCUCACGGUUACGUUGCUGGAGGUAUUUGUCUCUUAGGAGUUAUUCUCAAUAUCAUAAAUGCCAUUGUUUGGUCCAGACAAGCGUUAAAGACAUGUACAAAUUUUCUCCUGACGGUUCUCGCUUUUGCUGAUGGAUUAUCCUUAUUUUUCUAUCUUGUGUAUGUGACUUACUUCUUCAUUGCAACAGGUCCUAGUGAACAUAUCUAUCAUUCCAAAUCAGAGAUGUACUUAGUUUUAAUAUGCUUUCAUGAAUUUAUUGCAUUCCACACGUUCUCCAACUGGCUCAUUAUAUCGCUUGCAAUAUUUCGAUAUCUUGGAGUGUGCCAUAAUAAAAUUUCCAAGAAAUACUGUACAAGAUGGAGAGCCAAAGUGACCGUCCUUGCUGUUUUUUCGGCCACCUCACUCGCCACGGUACCGUUUUACUUGUACUACGAGGUAUAUCAAUCAACGGAUGAAAAUAAUGCCAACAGUUACUGGAUACGUAAGACCUAUUUCGUUCAGACACAUGUUGCUUACCAAACGGUUCUUUUAUGGUUGUACGGUGUGAUUUUCAAGGUGUUGCCAAGUUUGGCAAUGAUUGUUCUUUGUAUCUCGAUGGUACAUAAACUCAGGCAAGCAAAACAAAGAAAUAACACUUUAAACAGAGAGGUGUACCACUCUCAUAUAGCGUCUCAACGAUACAGACGAUCCACAUUAAUGCUUAUUGUGAUUGUUACAAUGUACUUCUUAACAGAACUACCCGUUGGGGUGGUCUCUUUCAUGUCCGGUUUGGAGGGGAGAGAGAGUCACUUCUUUUAUUUUCUACUCUACUCACACGUUGGAGAUAUUAUAGACCUUAUUGCUCUCCUGAACAGUUGUUUGAAUUUCUUCGUUUAUAUUACCAUGUACCGUAAAUUUAGAAGUACUCUUUUUAACCUCGUGAAAGUAUCUUUUGGGUCCUCGCUCUGCCGGGGCAAGGAGAUGCUCAGCAAACAUUUGUCGGAACUUGAACAACCACAGCUGUUUUCCUAUAAACGAUAUUGCUACACGUGCUACCAACAGAAGUGUAUGCCGAGAUCAUUAAUCACUCAAUAUUACUCUUCAUCUAUGCCUUAGUAUUAUAUUAUUGCAGUGAUGAUUAUGAAAAUGUCAGGGAUUUCUCUCGAUCUCUCUCAUACCUUUU